AUGAUCAUCGCGGACUGGUUGCGGGAGCAUUAUAUCAACCAAGGCAAACUUGGCGAUGCCGGCAGAUUGCACACAAUGCAGUCGGCCGCAGCACCACCAGCAACCGAAAAAGGAAUAUACCUCCUGGACAUCGGCCUAGGCUCAAACAACACCGACCUCCGCAAGAUGUCCACGGCCGGCCGCAUCCUCCGUCUGGACCCAUCCACAAAAGAGCUGACCACCCUGGUCACCGGCCAAUCCCACCCGGACGGCAUCGACAUCUCCCAAUCCACCUCCCGCAUCUUCUGGACAAACAUGGGCAAAACACCACCCUUCUUGCCCCGGGGACGAUCCACACCCCCAAGCAGCCUGGUGGUCGACGACGGCUCCGCGCGCGUCUACUUCUGCGACCGCGAAGGCAUGAGCGUGCACCGCGUCGACUUCUCCGGGUCCAACCACGAGGUUCUCGUCCGAACAGGUUCCCCGUCCAGCCCUGAAGACAGCAACGAUACGACCCGGUGGUGUGUGGGGAUCGCCCUCGAUACGGUCCACGGGUACAUCUACUGGACGCAAAAGGGGCCCAGCAAAGGCGGGCAGGGGCGGAUCUUCCGCGCGGGCAUCGAUAUCCCUGCUGGACAGACAGCGGAGACGCGCUCGGAUAUCGAGCUUGUCUUGGAGAAGUUGCCGGAGCCGAUUGAUUUGGAGUUGGAUGUCGAGGAGCAGGUGUUGUAUUGGACGGACCGGGGGGAGCAUCCGACGGGAUGUUCGCUAAACAGGGUAGAUGUUAGUGGGAACAUUCAGGUGGGGGAGAUGCAGAAGAAGAAAACGAUACUGGCAAGACAGUUUCACGAGCCGAUUGGGUUGAAGCUGGACCGCGAGAAGAGAGUUGUGUAUGUUGGGGAUAUGGGAGGCAUCAUCACAAAUGAAAUAGGCAAAAUGCAAAUCAUCUGGCGAGACUCCGCCAACCCCGCUGUCUACGAAGCCGCACGCGUCCGGGGCGUCUUCAACAGGCGGUGUCCAUCCAAGUUCCCACGGGCCAUCGUCAAAGCAAGUUCUGAAGAGGACGUCAUCUCCGCCAUCCAGUUGGCAACCAGCCAUGACUGCCGCAUUGCUGUCAGAGCAGGGGGUCAUUCGUUCCCCGUGUGGAGUCUCCAGGAUGAUUCCGUUCUUAUCGACCUGGGUGAAUGGAGGGAAUGCGUUGUCGACGGCGCCAAAAGAACCGCCUCGGUCACACCAGGUGUCACCAGCAAGGAAGUCAAUGAUAUCCUGGUCCCGCAGGGCUUGAUGUUUCCCGCUGGCCAUUGUCCGGAUGUCGGACUGGGCGGGUUUCUGCUUCAGGGCGGGAUGGGUUGGAAUUGUGGGAACUGGGGAUGGGCCUGUGAGCGAGUGGACGCGGUGGAAGUCGUGACAGCGCAAGGGGUGAAACUUCUCUGCAAUGCAGAGCAGAACUCGGAUCUGUACUGGGCUGCCAGAGGAGCGGGACCUGGGUAUGUAUAUCCGGCGCCGUUAUAUCGACCCGUCUUCAGCUGGGUCCUUUCGAUGGUACCGGAUCUUGAUCAGGAUACCGAGGUUACUGCUCUAUCUCAGUUUUUCAAUGGCGAGCUGUGCUUUUCUGUCUUUCUUGUCUGUAUGAAAAAGACGACGGGUCAAGCAGCAGAAGCUUUGCAGACGCUCCACGAUACUAGAAUCCCCGGAGCGCUGACGGAGUGGUUCUGCCGGGAGGAUAGUUUGGAGAGCUUGUACCGAGAAAAAGCCAAGUCGAAUCCUCAGGGUCACCGGUGGUGCUCCGACAGUACGUACCUUGAAACCAAGGACGUCGUGGAUAUACUUGAGGAAGGUUUCCUCACUCUUCCGAGUACCGACUGCUAUGCAUUCUGGUGCCCAAUUACACCAACCAGCAAAAGGAAGCUCCCGGACAUGGCAUUCAGCAUGCAGUCUGACCAUUAUUUUGCGGUGUACGCGGGCUGGGAGGACGAGCCAGACGAUCAGAGGUGCCAGUCAUGGUUGCAACUUGUCAUGAACAAGAUCAAACCACACGGGGUCGGCGCGUAUAUAGGCGACUCGGAUUUCUGUGUGCUACCUGACCGCUACUGGACGCAGGACAAUGAAAGCCGAUUGAAGAAGAUCCGUCAGAGAUGGGAUCCUGACAGUCGGCUGUGCGGUUUCCCUUGA